AUGCACUCUGGUUGUUUUCUAUGUGUCAUACUUCCAUUAAGUAUCGUGUUUUUCAUCGUCAAUUGCAUCUAUGCACAACCCGAAAUUCCAUGUGAUCCGUCCGCGAGUGGACUCUGUUCGGAAAAGGCCUAUUGCUGGUGCGCAUCGUUAGUAACAGGAGAAGGUAUUUGUACAAUUGGCAUUCACUGUGCUUCUGCACUAUCUUGUAAUGCCACCAGUCCAUGUCAAGAAACUAAUUCAACUUGUGUCUUCGACGCUCGAUGUGGUGCUCGUGGUGUGUGCUAUCCAAACAUAAUAUUCAGGACAGAACUUUGUCCACCCAUCGUUCGAAAAUAAAUACAACAAACUAGUCCUCUUACCCAUGAACAAGAGUUGAAUUCGACUAACUUUGUCUAAAAAUUUCCUAUUUGAUUUUGCUUUAUUUCCGUCAAUAAACAUGAGAUAAUAAAUCAGAAGAUCAUUUAGUGGCAGUUUAUGGUGCGACUAUUGAAAGUCCCUCGGGUGUGAGUGUGGGUGAAUCUUCGAGAAAAGGUCUACACCCACACCCAGCUAAUGCUAUGAAACUCUCAAAGAUCAAGGUUUUUCCUCACGAAUCCCUAUUUUUAUCAACAGGGCAUCAUUUUGAUGCAAAACCAAGGUGAUAAUUGAAACCAGCUCAACAAGCUGCGUCUAACCUUAUAUAUAAUAAAAAGCAUUUUUUUGUUUUUGGAAAAAAAUUUUUGACCUGCAUGCCAGUAAAGCUCAAAAAAAUGAGGCAUAUCGUAUUUUUCAAACGCUACAAAGAGUUUUCAUUUGAUUACGCUUAAGUCUUUACCAGCUGUUUUAUUAUCAUUUGCAAACAAAACAACAAGAAAAAACAGCAAAUCACACAUUCAAUCAGAAAUUAGAGUUCUUCAUACUGCUGUCUUCGAAAUCAAAGCUCACGACUUUGUUCGUUGCUUAUUCUGCUCAAUUAAUUCCUCCAAACGAGUUUGAAGGUUAUCUCCGAUUUGAUUGUUCAGGAGAUUUAGUGUGGUGAGUGUCUGUGUGAAAAAGUGCAGAUAUGUAUAUGAGAGAGAGAAGAAGAGAGAAAGAGUGUUACCGUGUUAUGUUGUAAUGCAUCUGCCAGAUGUUGUGCUCCGAUAUUUCCGAUUUGAUUGUUCAGGAGAUUUAGUGUGGUGAGUGUCUGUGUGAAAAAGUGCAGAUAUGUAUAUGAGAGAGAAGAAGAGAGAAAGAGUGUUACCGUGUUAUGUUGUAAUGCAUCAGCCAGAUGUUCUGCUCCAAGAGCUCCGAUAUUAUUGCCGUAGAGAUUUAGUGUGGUGAGUGUCUGUGUAAAAAAGUGCAGAUGUGUAUAUGAGAGAGAGAGAAAGAGUGUCACUGUGUUAUGUCGUAAUGUAUCUGUCAGAUGUUGUGCUCCGACAUCUCUGACUUGAUUGUAUCCGAGAUCUAAUGUGGUGAGUGUCUGUGUGAAAAAGUGCAGAUAUGUAUAUGAGAGAGAGAGAAGAAGAGAGAAAGAGAGUCACCGUGUUAUGUUGUAAUGCAUCAGCCAGAUGUUGUGCUCCGAGAUCUCUGAUUUGAUUGUCUCGGAGAUUUAGUGUGGUGAGUGUCUGUGUGAAAAAGUGCAGAUAUGUAUAUGAGAGAGAGAGAAGAAGAAGGGAGAAAGAGUGUCACUGUGUUAUGUUGUAAUGCAUCAGCCAGAUGUUGUGCUCCGAGACCUCCGAUUUGAUUGUCUCGGAGAUUUAGUGUGGUGAGUGUCUGUGUGAAAAAGUGCAGAUAUGUAU